UUUGUCUUUGGCGAUUUCCAUGAUAACCCCUUAUACCCAGUUACCCGUUGCAUUCAUAAUUUAGAGGAACCAAAACUUCUGUUAAAUAAAAUAGGACUUAAUAACUAUAUAUGCUUAGGAUAGUACAGGGACUAGAAACCAUCAAAAUAUCAGGAAAAACUGGACAGUGUCUCCUGGCACCUUAAAGAGUUUUCAUUGCGUGGACAGGCAGAGUCCCCCAAACCCCAGGCGACCCCUGAGCGGAAUGAUGACUCAAGACAACUUGCUAUGGGAUUAAAAUUGGCCACAACUUUAUUAAGAUUCAGAUGUAGGGAGACCUUGGCUCAGGCAUUGGGUGUUUAUCCCUCCCAGUCCCCAGCCGGGGAUCUGGGAGACUUCAGGAUUAUCCAGAAUGUGUGGGAUUGGGCUGGCUCUGGAGAACAUAUGUUCAAGCAGAGAGCCCGCCCCCUGUUUGCCACCUCUGGAGGGGAGAGCAAUGACAACCUUUUGGCAUACGGCCAAUGCCUCCCCUCUAGACCCCUAGUAUCGCUGCCGCAAAGGGGGCGUGGGACACAGCUCCACGCCCCCCCCCCAUUUAGGAAGAUAGACUAAAGGAUUCCGCCCAAAGCCUGAAACCCCAAAGUUGUGACGUAUUGGUACGGGAAAGGCGAAACCUGCCAGUGCAGGAAAAUCCCUUUCCGGCCCUUCAACAGUGGCCCUAAUGUAGCAGCGCCCGCGUACCUGUGGAAAAGAGGUUAACCUGCAAAAGAAGACUUAAACAAGGAUGUGGAGGGUGGGAGAAGCUCUGGAGCAGAUUGCCGCUUCCCAGCUGCAGCUGCCAUGCUUCAUUUUUGGACUUUACCCUCCUCCUUCUGUCUCCUGCUCUUCCUCCUGCCUUCCAGCUCUGCCUCUGAUGAUGAUGAUACUGUGGUGGUCACCAGCAGUGGUCCCAUUAAAGGCAAAAUACUCCCAGCUGGCACUGGCUCUGUGACCGCCUACCUCGGCAUCCCCUAUGCUGAGCCCCCCGUGGGAAAACUGCGCUUCCAGAAGCCAGUUCCACAUCAGCCAUGGAGCCAGGCAUUGGAGGCCACCACCUUUGGCAACUCUUGCCAUCAGUUAAACAUCGAACAAAUGCCAUUUUCAGAGCUAUAUGAUGCUAACACACCACUUUCAGAGGACUGCCUCUUCCUCAACAUCUGGGUGCCCCACCCACGGCCAGUCACACCAGUGCCCAUCCUCCUAUGGAUCUAUGGCGGGGGUUUUAUCAUGGGCACAGCCUCUCUGGAUAUGUACAAUGGGGCCUUGUUAGCAGCUACAGAGAAUGUCAUUGUGGCCUCCAUGAAUUACCGCCUGGGGAGUCUGGGUUUCCUGUACCUGCCCCCAGAUGCCCCAGGAAACGUUGGCUUGUGGGACCAACAUCUGGCUCUGAAGUGGGUGAGUGAGAACGCAGCUGUGUUUGGUGGUGAUGCAGCUCGGAUAACUCUCCUUGGCGAAAGUGCUGGAGGAGCCGCAGUUGGUUUCCACCUGCUUUCACCGGCAAGUCAACCCCUUUUUGCCCGUGCUGUGCUUCAGAGUGGGGUUCCCAAUGCUCCCUGGGGUUGGAAGAAUCCUGAAAAUGCCCUAAGAGAUUCAGUGAUAGUGAGUCGCCUAAUGGGGUGUCAUGAAGCUAACCACAGUGCUAUGGUAAGCUGCCUACAGGGGAUGGAAAUGAACAGCAAAACGUUUGCUGCCUUGCAAGCUUUCUUAUCAUUGACAACGGAUGGGGAGUUCCUCCCAGAUGAUCCCCCAAAGAGGCUGGAGAUUGGUCUUGUUCACGGCAAACCCAUUCUCGCUGGUGUCACUGCUGAUGAAGGGUCAACUACGGUAUUUUUUAUGUAUCCUAACAUGACAUUGAAGGAUGGAAAACUGACCUGGGAGCAGGCCCUUGAAGCAGUCAAAGGAACUUUCACAGCAGGAGCCAAAAAAGAUGUUGACCAGGAUGUGUUACAGAAGUACACUGAAGGUAGCCAUGGGCUGGAACAAUAUCAUUUGGCCAUGGCUCAUUAUAUGGGAGAUUACAACUUUGUGUGCCCACUGCUUGAGUUUGCUGAGAAGGUGGGGAAAGAUAAGAACCCAGUUUAUGUUUACUCCUUCGACCACCGCAGUCCUGACUCUAUUUGGCCUGAAUGGGCGGGGACACCCCAUGGAGCUGAGGUACCUUACUUGUUUGGAAGUGUGGAAUUAGUGUUGCAAACAAACCGAUCGGAGGUGAAGGCUGCCGAAGUCGAAUUGAGCCGGCAAGUGAUGCGAUAUUGGGCAGAAUUUGCCAGAAGUGGGAAUCCCACUGGGUCCAUGAGAGAUGAGGCACAGUGGCCUGUCUACAACGCUACAGAGCAGAAGUUCUUCCACAUUGGCACAGAUGUGGCAGGCCAGCUCAAACGGAUGUCGCCUAGCCCACGAUGCGAAUUCCUGAGCUCUCUGCAUUCUAAGGCCACACAAACAGAAAAAUCUCCAGAAGUUCCUGCUUCAUCUACUUUGGAGAAAGAUGUGAACAGUGCGACACAAACUUAGAGAGGCAGAACAGGAAAUAUCUCGCAGCAUGUGAAAAUGGAAGCUCUGAAAUGGGGGAAAUCAUGCCUUAGAAACAGUUUCAGCUGUGCCUGCUCCUUAACACAACUAUUCACAACGCAGCUGUUCAUUGGGACCCACCUGUCUGAAGAAAUAAACAAAUGUUUUGACAGGAAUUUAAUGAAAA